UCCAAAGUAAACAAACAAAGCGGCGUGCGGGAGUGCGGGCCGCGGCUGACCUGCAGUAACGCUGCGUCCAACAUUUUCAUGUUUUCCGCGAUUGUGAAGAGAGAAUUGGAUCGUGUUGGUGAGGAGUGUUGGUCUGGUGAGUUAGUCCCGCGGCGCACGGCGUUCCUGCAUGGCUGAGGUGCACGUGGUGGGCCAGAUCACCGGCGCCACGGGUUUCCCAGACUCCUCGCUGCUGUGCAAGUGGCUGCUGCAGCUUGGCGGAGGGUGGAGGCUGGUGGAGGGCCUAGCGGAGGGGCAAACUCAGGCUGACCAUUCUGAAGUGGGAGAAGAAGUUGUUUGGUGCCAUCCACUUGACAUCCAUCUAUCCACACGUGGCAUACAGGGGUGGCCUCGGCUGCUGCUGCAGGUGUACCGACAGGAUGCGCUGAGCCGAGUGGAUGUGUGUGGGUACGGCAUCAUCCACAUCCACACACCCGGCCACCACACCCUGCACUGCCACACCUGGAGACCUGUGGGUACAUUUUCUGAGGAGUUCCGACGGGCUUUUCUGGGUGGAGGACCUCAACUGCUAUCCACAGAAUUCAUCCACUCAUCCUUAGAGCGCUAUCGUCUGUCCACCAUUGCUUCGGGCACGGUUCACCUUGAUAUAGGAGUGAUUCUCAGAGAGUUUGACAAGUAUGGUAUAGCAACAUAGAAAGAGACACACUGAGAUAAACAGAGAGACAAACAGGUAGACAGAUACAGAAAAGCAAAGGGAUAGAUAGAGAAAAAGAUAAACAAAGACAGACAGAAAUAGAUCAAAU